AGCUGCCUGCUCCCGGCAGAGUUGCCAAUGCUGCAUCACAGAGGCUCCAUGUGGAACAGUAGCCAGAGCGUCUCCAACUGCUCCGAGAGCGCGGACUUCCAGUACAUCCUCUUCCCGGUCGUCUACAGCCUGGUCUUUGUGCUGGGCCUGGGGGGGAACUUGUUUGUGCUGGCCUACUUCUUUCGGAGCAAGUCAGCCACUGCCCCGGCCAACGUCUUUCUGGUGAACCUUGCCACCAUCGACUCGCUCUUUGUGUUGACCUUGCCCUUCCGCAUUGCCUACCAUGCGCUGCACAAUGACUGGGUCUUUGGGGAGACUCUCUGCAAGAUCACAGGCGGCCUGUUCUUUGCCAACCUGUACGGCAGCUCCCUCUUCCUGGCCUGCAUCUGCCUGGAGCGCUACGUGGCGGUGGUGCACCCCCUGCGCCACUUGCGCCUCCGGCAGCUCCACUACCGCGUGGGGGCUGUGCUGGUGGUUUGGGCUGUGGUCCUGGCAGCCAUCCUCUUCCUGGCUCUCCGCGGACCCCUGACCAGCCCCUUUGCCGAUGGCCGCACGGCCUGCCUCGAAAACUUCUCCUCCAGUUCUUGGAAGGGGCGCAUUUCUGGGGUGAGCAUCUUUGCUGCGGUGGUCGGCUUCCUGUUGCCCCUCCUCCUGAUUGGGGUGUGCUACCCACUGAUCGCUUGGCGGCUGCUGGCAACCCCGGGGAUGCAGUCUGGCUCCUGCGCUGUGAAGCGCAAGGCCCUGCGGACCGUGCUGGUGGUGCUCUGUGUUUUCCUGGUCUGCUUUGUGCCUUACCACGUGGUGCAGCUGGUCCACACGCUUGGCCGCGUGGGUGCUCUGGGCGGCUGCUCCCUCAUCCGUGCCACAUACGUUGCCCGGCGUGUGACCAUGGCUCUCACCAGUCUCAAUGCCUGCCUCGACCCUCUGGUCUACUAUUUUGCUGCUGAACGUUUUACAUGGCGGCCCUGCUGGAAAUGCGCCUGCUGUCCCCUGAAGUCACAGCGCCCCCUGGGGCUUCACCCACUCCCUGCCCUCCCAGGGACCCUCCACUGAGGAAAACACCGUGCCUGGGUCAGAGG